AUGCCCAAGAAUCCUUUUAGAAAUUCUUCUGAUGGCAAGGAUGCAAGUAAGAAUGGUGUCUACAAGAUGAUAACUUCUAGAGUGAAGGGAAUAUCAUGGUCCUGGGAGAGCCAACAAAUCCCGCAGGUUGCGGGUGGCAAUGAAGUCUCUAGAUCCCUAUCCUAUUCUACUAACAGUGAUGGAACAAGUAGCAUGGGCAGUAGAAGCAGUCCUCGUCGCAAUUUUUAUAUGGAAACAGAUUAUUUUAAUUAUGAUAUCUCGUUGAACAAUUUGACAUUCGGUGAGCAGAUUGGGCGAGGUUCAUGUGCAACUGUGUACCAUGGUCUUUGGUGCGGCACGGAUUGUGCAAUCAAAGUAUUUUUGAACUUUGAUUACUCAGAAGACUUGCUAAUGCAACAUUCCUUCAGACAAGAGGUAUUACUGAUGAAGAGGCUGAGGCAUCCAAACGUGGUACUCUUUAUGGGGGUGGUAACUUCACCUCCGCAUCUGUGUAUUGUCACUGAGUUCCUUCCACGGCACGAGGAAUGAAUUACCUUCAUCGUCACAACCCACCAAUCAUUCACCGUGAUUUGAAGUCAUCAAAUCUUUUGGUUGAUAAGAACUGGAGUGUGAAGGU